AUGUGUGCAAGUCGCACCAUUGACAAACGAGUAGCAAUUGUACGGCUUUUUUCGAAGUACGAAAAUGCACGCGACGUACAAAGACGGUGGGAAGAUCAUUUUGAUACAACUCCACCACAUUUAACUACAAUUUCUCUGGUAAAUAAAAAGUUUGAUGAAAAUGGAACAGUUGAAGAUUUACCACGCAGCGGUCGACCAACUGUACUCUCGGAAGAAAAAUUAGAAGAAAUUGAAGAAAUGGUUACUACUAACCCACAGGUGUCUAUACGUCUAGGUGCCGGUCAAGCUCGGAUAGGAAAAACCAGUUAUCAUGUAGCUAUGAAACAACUUCACUUCAAACCCUAUCGUCCAACUUUAAUAGUCGACCUUAACGAAGAUGAUUUCGAUCGUCGCAGCGAGUUUUGCGAAGUAUGGCUGGAAAAGCUGGAGAAUGAUCCUAAUCUAAUCGAUCAUAUAUUUUGGAGCGACGAAGCGAAUUUCAAUAUGAAUAAUACGGUUAAUCGCCAUAAUUGUAGAUACUGGGCGAGGAAAAAUCCGCACAUAAAAUAUGAAAUACCUAAUACGCGACGAGGAUUGACGGUUUGGUGCGAAAUUAGUUCUGAUGUACUUGUUGGUCCGUAUUUUUUUAACGAUACUGUUACUGGCCCAUUGUACAAGGAAAUGCUGAUCAAUUAUGCAUGGCCUCAGUUAAGACGGAAUCACUAUUACUUCCAGCAUGACGGUGCAGGACCACAUUAUGCUAUUAUCGUUCGAGAAUGGCUUGAUGAACACUUUCCAGAUCGAUGGAUAGGUAGACGUGGUCCAUAUGACUGGCCAGCUCGUUCACCAGAUUUAUCUCCAUGUGACGUUUUCCUCUGGGGAUAUUUGAAAGACGCGGUGUUUAAACAGCCACUUACUUUCAUUCAAGAACUUACACAGAGAAUCGAAGAAGCUUGUGAACAGAUACCAGAAGAAAUGUGUCCCAAAGUAUGUCAUUCUGUUCAACAGCGCCUUCAUGUCUGUAUCAAUAAUGGAGGACAAUUUGUCUCAAACUAG